AUGGAAUCAGAGAGUCAUAACUGCUCUGAGUGUGAAGGGCAGCCCUGGAGCACAAAAUGCUCUUGUAACGAUCGGUUUUGUGACCCUUGCAUGGAAUCUCAUCUCACCCCAAAGAAAAUCCGUCAAGGGCAUUCAAAGAUAGACACGCGAUGUGCUGAUGACGCCUGGAACUUAGUCACAGGCGAUUUUUCGGGCCUCGCCGACUCCGCAGCUGAUCUUUUUAAGCAAGAUGAAGCGGCCAAAUGGUUCGGAAUCUACACCAGCAGGAAGAAGAACCAACGGGGCAGCCAAAUCGUCGAGACGCCCCGGUUUUUUGAGCUCGCGAACGAGUCCCUCAGUCACACUGAGAAGAGCCCCCAACGCCAAUACCCCAGCAUUUGCUCCUUUGUAGGGGACACAGGGGCUGGGAAAUCAACGCUGAUCAGAUUCCUCAUCGCGCGGUCGGAAAAUGCACAGGCGGAAGAUCUCUCGGAAGCACCUAUGGCAGGGGCAACGGCCGGUGCUGUGGCAACCCUUUCGACUACGGGCGAGGUGAACCUCUACAAGGACCCCAAGUCGUUUGGCAAGACGACGCCGAUGUUCUAUGGCGAUUGCGAAGGGAUGAUAGGCACCGAGCCUGUUGCAGCUCAGCAUCAACACGAAUGGUCCAAAAACGGGCGACGAUACCCUGUUGAAACCUCCAACGGAGAAUCGGUUGACCGUCGAACAGCAGUCACAACCAUUUACCCCCGCUUUCUCUACACGUUUAGCGACGUUGUCUGCUACGUUACGAGAAACCAGAAGACAUGGGCGAACUCGGCCUUGAAACUCCUCGAGUGGAGUAACGUCGGCGCGGAAAGCAGCAUCAACAAAAACGUCUUGCCUGCGCUAAUCAUCAUCCUCAAUGCCUCGUCUCUCGAGGAAAAAACCUGGCUUUGUGACGGAAUGGAGCCUACCGACGCCUUCUUCAAUGCCAUUGACGCUGAGAUCAGCGCAAGCUCCAAGUUCGCCACACUUGCACGAACGGUAUUUAUUAUGACGAUAAAACAGUUGUUCGCAAGAAGUUUCUCCAGUGUGUACGUGCAUUACAUUCCGCUUUACGGGUACAAGAAACUCGGCACUGCACAACGAAUCCUGAAGCAACGGGACUUUCUCAUCGAACGCAUCGAGUCCGAUGCCAGUCGUGUUCAAAAUGAGCGAGACAUAUCCUGGGUACGACUUGACUCUCGACAGAUGGGACAUGUCUUUCAGCUGGCUUUUGAACACCUUGCCUCUCAAAGCGCGAACCCAUUCGACUACGAAAAAUGCCGGUACAUCGUUUCGGUCCCAGUCAAGACGGAGCAACACUUUGCGCAGUUUCUUGCCAGGACUCUCGAUUCGAUGUCAAAAGAAAGGCUGGAGAGUGUUGCAGCCGUCUUAGCAACGAGUAUCGUCAGAAAUGCGAUCCCAGAUAACGAAAAGGGACUUCUGCUGCUUAAGCCUGACAAUGUGUUCCGCCAAGAAAUCAGAGACACUUGCAGCAAGGCGAUUGAGCUCUUCAUCCAGAAUCACGCGAAAUGCGUGUAUUACGACACAGCAAAUGGGCGCUGCGUCAAUAUCCGAUCCGGUCAUAGCAUUGGCCACCAAAAUGCCAGCGGAUUCUUGAUGAAGAACGGGGAUUUCGUCGGUCCAACUUUCGACCAGAAAAGCUUCAUAGCCACAAUCAGACAAAAGGUCGAAGACGCCUUAUACGAUACUCUUCACAAUAACGAGACGGACGCUCGACACAAGGAUCUCCGGCGCCUUGCUGCCAAAGAGCACGGGAAGAAUCUGAAGAUCCUGCGAGACUCCUUUACCAAGGUUCAGCUCGAGAAGUCUGACCCUUUCACAAAUUCGGGCGCCAAUAUGUGUUUCGGCUGUCUUUUUGGUCGACCGGAGUACAAGCUCCCUUGUGGUCACAGAAUUUGCUCGAACUGCAUCGCAGACUUCGACCAUAAGCCGGCUGAAAAGGACUAUCCUGGCCACGUACGACAUCACGAAUGCAUCCUCUGUGGGGCUUCAUCCGCAUCGUUGGAGGGAUAUCCGGUUGACACGAAAAUCCUGCCGGAUUUCGCUGGCCUUCGCAUCCUCUCAAUUGACGGUGGGGGGGUCAGAGGCAUCAUUGAACUGGUGAUUCUAGAACGGCUGGAAACUCUAAUCGGACUCGGCCUUCCCUUAAACCAUUUCUUUGAUCUGAUCGUUGGGACAAGCGCGGGAGGCAUCAUCGCGCUGGGACUUGGUCAGCAAUCUCGACGCGUCGUCGAAUGCAUCGAACUCUUCGGACUGAUCUGCUCAGAGGGGCUGCGGAAACGACCUCUCGCCAUGUUGGGGUCAUUUCUCAGGGCGGUUCGGGUUCAGAACUCUGUUUACCGCACCGAAGAUUUAGAGCGGGCAUUCCAGAAGGCCUUUUCCAACAAUAAAUGUCAGAGACUUGGGGGCAUGGACAUGGAGACUCCGUGUCGCGUUGCUGUCACCACCACUGCUGACCGUGGUGAGGCUUUCCUGCUGGCGAAUUACGAGAAGGGAAGCGAUAGGGGCUUGUAUCUCCACAACGAUAUUAAGUUGUGGAAAGCAGCCCGUUGCACCGCGGCCGCCCCCAUGUACUUCGAUCAUGUCUCUCACGCCACGCGUGAAUGCCGCGACGGCGGUCUCAAGGAAAACAACCCAACACAAGUCGCCCUCAAUGAAGCCCGCAAAAUUCCAAACUGCAGCACCCACCCCCUAGAUCUCAUACUCUCCAUCGGCUCUGGGUUCGCCGACAAGCCCGCAUCAGCCCCUAACAACAACAGCUCGGGCAUCCGUCUCAUACCGGAAUGGCUCUCCAACCUCUUCGCUACCCUCAUCAGCACCAUGAAUGGAGAAGAAUCCUGGCAAAAGUUCCACGACAACCACAAAGGUCACAUCCAAGAACGCGCUUGCCGCCUCAACGUCAAGAUACCCGGCCCCGAAGAGCCCAGUUUCGACGAUAUCACCACGAUCGACAAAAUGGAAGCCGAAGCUCGCCAAUACAAGUUCGUUGGAUCCGUCCCGAACACGCUCACCUCACCUAUCUUAGGUCCUGCCCCAUCAUGCAUGAUCCAAUGCGCUGCUGACCGGCUUCGCGCAAGCCUCUUCUUCUUUGAGCUGGACAACGUCACUCAGCACGACCGGGUCUCGCAUGUCGAAGGGCACAUCUUUUGUCGACUGCGCCCUGGGGAAAAGGGGUUCCGGGAGCUGCUGGAACAGUCGAAACAUUUCGUCGUGCACGGGAGGAAGGAAGUGGUGUUAAUACCCCCGCUCGUUCGCGACGGUACAGUGCCAAUGCAGAUCAAGGUUCAGUUUCAGGAGCAGAGGCUUUCAAAGAAUAUCAGGAUUGAUGUCAACUUUGGGGGGGAGUAUAGUGUUGCGAUUAGUGGGUUUCCGGUUGAGUUAAGCGUGAGUUUCUAUUUUCUAAGGGUCUUAAACUACCUACUAUCGGGUUGA